AUGAAGCUCGCCACCGUGACAGCCGUCUUCACAGCGGCCGUCCUCGCGGCAGCCAGCAAUAUCGCCCUGCCUGCAGGUGUCCCCCGGUCGAUCCUGGAAUUUAGAGAAAAACACCCAUACAAGCCGUCGAAGCCCUCAGGAAAUCAUGGCAAGAGACGCGUCGUAACGAUCCGGUCCAGUCGCAACGACACAGAUGACGUCUCCUCAGACUUCAAACAGGCCCUCCAGCGCGCCAACCAUGGAGGAACGCUCUAUUUGCCAGCCAACGAGACCUUCAUCAUCGGCCAGCCCUUGGACCUGACCUUCCUCGAUGACGUCUAUGUUCAUCUUGACGGGGAGAUCAAGUUCACCAAUGACACUCCUUACUGGCAGAGCGUUGCCUUUACGCACCCAUUUCAGAAGACGAUUAUGUUCUGGAAAUGGGGUGGCAAGAAUAUCAAAAUCUACGGCGAGGGUACUCUGAAUGGCAAUGGGCAGAGAUGGUGGAAUGAGUUUGCUGGACUGGAGGUUCUCGACCCCAGUAAUACGUACCUUCGUCCCGUGCUAUUCUAUGCCCAGAACGCCACUGGUCUCUCCAUCGAGGGAAUUCACAUGAAGGACUCGCCAUGCUGGACGAACUUUGUGGUGACUUCGUCAGAAGUAUCAUACAGCGAUGUGAUUAUCACCGCCGAAUCCAACAAUGCCAGCGCCCUGCCAAAGAACACCGACUUCUUUGACUCGCUCAACGUGGAGCACUUGACGGUCGAGCGGACGUGGGUGAACAUUGGCGACGACUGCUUCAGCCCCAAGUCCAAUGCGACUGACGUGCAUGUCGACACAAUGUACUGCAACGGCACUCACGGCCAGUCCAUGGGAUCCAUCGGGCAGUACGCCGGCGAGAAGUCCAUUAUCGAGGACGUCGUCAUCGAAAACAUCUGGAUGCUGAACGGCCAGUUCGGCGCGCGCCUCAAGUCCUGGGCUGGACCUGAUGUUGGAUAUGGAUAUAUCAACAAUGUUACGUUCAGGAACUUUUGGAACGCGAAUAAUGAGUACGCGGCGUACCUGGAUUCUUGCUAUUUCAAUAUCAACGCAACGACAUGUGCGGCGUACCCUUCACAGGUGAACGUAACAAACGUCCAUUUCGAAAACUUCUCGGGCUACACGUCCGGGAAGUAUGGACGAGCGGUCGCUUCCUUGACAUGCAGUUCCAACCCGAACGCGAUCUGCGAGAACAUCACCUUCAAGAACUUCACCGUGACAUCGCCAUGCGGCAAUGGAACUGCCACUAACGCAGUGGUCAUAUGCGACAACAUCAGAGGAGACGUCGGGGUAGACUGCGUCAGCUCGAACAGCACGGAAGCGAUCGCGGCCAAGGCAGAUAAAUGCAGUGUGCCAUUGGCGACAUUACCGGAGGCUACGCCGUGGGUGAGAUAG